AUGAGCGCGGAUCUGGAGCGCACGUCGCUCAACUCCGCCUCGGCGAACUCGCUGGGCUCCGGCGGCCGCUCGCUGUCCGCCAACGUCAGAAAGCUGCAUGCGGCGCUCACCGUGCUGCUCAACGACUUCGAGCGGGAGCAGUUUAUCCACUGCCUCAAUGUGUACCACUCCAAGCGCAACGUUUACGACCUGGUUCAGACUCUCAAAGUCAUCCUCAACACGCCGAGCAAACGCCAGCUGUUACCCAUGCUGCGCUUGGUCAUUCCGCGCUCGGACCAGCUCUUGUUUGACCAGUACACGUCCGAAGGCUUGUAUUUGAAAUCGGAUUUGUUGGCCAGCAAUGGCAACCCAGAGAGUUCGGGUGAAGUGAGUAAUGCAAAUCUAAACCCAGCCCCCGCUGGACUGCACGCGCCUCAGUCAGAAACGGCGCAGCCCUACAACGCUCCUCUGGCGGUCUCUCCGGAUACUUUCAGCACCGACAGCGACGGGACAGCUCCCCUGGUGCCGCUUCUGGGGAGAGCCGUCUUACAAGACGCGCCGGGAGAGAUCCGACAAGUUGUUCUGAAGCGCAAUAAAAGCAACGAGGGUCUGGGUUUCAGUAUUCGCGGCGGCUCCGAGCACGGUAUCGGGAUCUAUGUGUCCCUGGUGGAGCCGGGGUCCUUCGCCGAGAAAGAGGGUCUGAAGGUCGGAGAUCAGAUACUGAAAGUCAACGACAAGGUGUUCGACAGAGUGACCCAUGCCGAGGCGGUGAAGGUCCUGAAAGGCAGUAAGAAGCUGUCCAUGUCGGUGCGCUCCGUCGGCCGGAUCCCGGGGGGUUACGUCACCAACCACGUGUACACCUGGGUGGACCCCCAGGGGCGCAGCGUGUCCCCGCCCCCCGACCUGACCGAGCACCGCAGUGCCACCGUGCGGCGGGCCGACGCCCACAGGCGGAGCCACCUGCAGCUGCUGCAGGAGGGCGACGAGAAGAAGGUAAACCUGGUCCUGGACGGGGGGCGCUCUCUCGGGCUGAUGAUCCGAGGGGGUGCGGAGUACGCCCUGGGCAUCUACAUCACCGGGGUGGACCCCGACUCUGCAGCAGAGUGUGGAGGACUCAAGGUGGGCGAUCAGAUCCUGGAGGUGAACGGGCGGAGCUUCCUCAGCAUCCCCCACGACGAUGCCGUGCAGAUCCUCAAGUCCUCCCGCCACCUGAUGAUGACGGUGAAGGACGUGGGCCGGCUGCCGCAUGCCCGCACCGUGGUGGACGAGACCAGGUGGAUCGCCAGCUCCCAGAUCGCUGAGAGCUCAGCCGGCGGGACCUUUUCUAGGCUGUCGAUGGACCACGGUGCCACAGCCUCUGGAAAGCCAGUGUUCUAUAAGGGCGUGGCAGGCUCCCAGGUGACCCUGUCCAGCCUGGUGAACCAGCCGCGGGCAAUGCUGGAGGAGAAAGCGCGCCACCUGUUGACGGAGCCGGAGAGGCAGACCCUGAGCUACUACCUGAAGGAGUACCGCGAUGGCAACAUCGGCGUGGAGCCGCUGAUCAUGGCGCUGUUCGAGCUGCUCAACACUCACGCCAAGUUCUCCCUGCUGUCAGAGGUGCGGGGUCUGGUGGCCCCGCAGGACCUGGAGGCGUUUGAUGGGCUGAUCCUGCAGCACGAGAUCGAGGCGCUGAAGGUUCGGCAGGGAGGGCCAGGCGCACUGAACCCCGAUACCUUCUCCAUGAUCUCCUUCCCCGACACCCUCUCCUCCGCCGCCAGCUUCCUCACCUCUAGCACCCUCGGCACGCAGAAUGAUAGCACAUUGGAUGGCAGUAUUGAUGGGCCACACGAGAAUCUGGAUGCCCUGCCUGAUGUCUCCCUGGAUGAGGCGCAGUGCACCUCCGACUCGCCCCCCUCCUUCAAACCCCCGCCCCCGCCGGGGCCGUCGAGGCGUCCCAACCAGCAGGAUCAUCCCGUGCGGCCCUCCUCUGGGACGUCCCAGUCUGGGGCAUUUUUCUCCGCCGCCUCUCAGGACAGCAGCCACGCCCACCUGGCCUCGGCCUCACCCACACAGGAAGCGACGGAGCCCCAGCUACCCCACACGAACCAGCAGCCUGCCGCUCCCGUCCGCCACACCCCGUCCCCAAGCCAGGCGAACCCCGCCCCCCCAUCACCCUCCCCUGCACCCCGCUCCCUGUCCCCCGCCGCUCCUGCCCCAACCGCUCCCUCUCCUCCGUCCCCCGCCCCCUCGCGCCCUUGCCCCCCCACCCCCUCAGCCCCCCCGCCGGCGUCACCCUCCGCCAGUCCCGAGAAGGCCCCCCCCUCCUCCCCCUCCCAGCACUUUGUGACGGUGGAGGUUCACAGGCCGGACGCUGAGGCAGACCCCAGUGAGGCGCGACCCACGCUCCAGGCCAGAGGGGCCACACUAUCCCAGCUGUCGGACAGUGGACAGACGCUGAGUGAGGACAGCGGGGUGGACAUUGCGGAGGCGGGGGGGCUGAGCAAGGACAGCAGCCCCCGUCCCGGCAGGACACGCCCCCCACAGGAGUCACAGGGAGCAGAGGGGCCGGCACCAGAGGCAUCUGCCAAACCGGCUGGGUCAUCAGAGCCCACUUCGACGCUGGUGCGGGUGGUAAAGAGUGCCAACACCUUGGGCAUAGCCAUCGAGGGCGGUGCCAACACCCGCCAGCCACUCCCGCGCAUCGUCACCAUACAGAGGGGAGGCUCCGCCCACAACUGCGGGCAGCUGAAGGUGGGUCAGGUGAUCCUGGAGGUGAACGGCGUGUCGCUGAGAGGGCGUGAGCACCGAGAUGCCGCGCGGCUCAUCGCUGAGGCCUUUAAGACCAAAGAGAGGGACCACAUCGACUUCCUGGUCACUGACUUCAACGUUGCCCUGUAGGGGGCGCCAGAGAGACAUUCAGCAACGCAUUUUUUCUACCGGGGGAAUAGAGGGAGGAAACUGGGUUUCCUGAACAGUGAAAUAAAGGGUCAUCCAAGGUUCACGUGUGCAGUCAACUUGCACUCUCUCCUCCUCCUCCUCGUCCUCCUCAUCUAUCCUCACACUAUGAGACAGACCGCGUCACAUUCAAGGAGAGUACCAGAGAUUAGGCAAGCCUUCCUGCGGUGCCCCCCUGCCCUCGCCCUUCCUACAUAGCGGGGAACCCUGCCUAGCCAUAGGAGGA